GGAGCAACACACAAUGAAUCCGCCGCUAACACUCGUAUUUGGCCUGCUCCUGUGGAUGGCAGGAGUGGAUGGUGCCUUCAGGGACUUUGUUGUGGGACCAGAGGACGAUUUAGAAGACAACGCACUGCAGACUGAUGGACUGCAGCAGGACCCAGAGGACUAUCAUGAUGAGGAUGUGCUCGUCUCGUUUCAGAGCGUAGAGCACGAUGGCCUUGUCGAUACUGAACUGCUGCUGAAGGCUCUCAUGCAGCACGCCCAACGGCUCGGCCUCAGCUUGGAUGAGUUGGCAAACAUGAGGUAUGCGGUCGAGGAGGACAACGAAGAUAACCAGCUGGAUCAGGAUAUGCUGGGCUGCAAUGCCAGGGAUCAGGAAUAUGCCCAGCGGCCCACCUGGCGGGAUGUGCUCUUCAAUUGA